AUGGCCCGCGAAUUAAGAUCCAGAAAAGGCAAGCCUGUCACAAUUGCUAGUCUAGCUCGUACUAAUGUUUUGACAGCCGUCUCCGAGACCAAGAAUGGGGACGCAAAGACAACGGUGGUCGAGAAGCAGGCUGUGAAGGGUAAACGCAAGGCUGCUGAUGCCGAGUCUCCUGUCCCCAAGAAAAUUCAAAAGUCGACAAAGAAAACAGCCGGAAAGGUCAACGCGACAGAAGCUGAAGUUGAAGUCGAAAAGACCACGAAAAAGUCGAAACCCGCCGCAGAUGAUGAGAUCGAUGUGCCAUCCGACUCCGAUUCAGACGGAGAGGUCGAGGUCGAGACACAGGCCCUCGUCAAGCAGGUUGACCCUGAAGAGGAGGAAGAAACACCCGAGGGCGACGUCGUGUACAAGACUGGCCAGCCGGUAGGCGUAAUCCCCGAUGUCGCUCAAGCUGUCGAGAAGGCUGCCAAGGCCACUUCGAGCGGCGAUGCCGGUGUUAUCUACAUCGGCCGCAUUCCUCAUGGUUUCUACGAACAUGAAAUGAAGCAGUACUUCUCACAAUUUGGCGCCAUCAACAAACUCCGCUUGUCGCGCAACAAGAAGACCGGCGCCAGCAAACACUUUGCCUUCAUUGAGUUUGCUGAGUCCAGCACGGCAGACAUUGUUGCCAAGACGAUGAACAACUACCUCCUGUUUGGCCACAUUCUGAAGUGCCAUGUGAUCCCCAAGGAGAAGGUUCAUGCUCAACUGUUCAAGGACGCCAACAGGAGAUUCAAGAAAGUGCCGUGGAACAAGAUGGAGGGAAAGAAGCUCGAGAAGCCCCUGGCCGAGGCUACAUGGGAAAAGCGCGUUUCCAAAGAACAGAAGAAGCGGGCCAAGCAGUCUGCGAAGCUCCAGGAGCUGGGAUAUGGUUUCGAGGCACCAGAAAUCAAGGCCAUUCCUGCACCAGCAGAGCCGGUCGAAGAAGUGGCCAAGAUCCAGGCACCGGAAGGAGAGACCGCAGUUGUGACGGAGGUAAUCACGGAGACUCCGACUGAGACAACGGUUGAGACCAAGUCUAUAUCUGCACCCAAGGCCAAGGGCAAGAAAACAAGGAAAGCGAAGGCUUGA